AUGAAGGACAGAGAAGACGCCAGCCUAGUCGGCACCCACUGCCAGUACGAAUACUGCAACCAGCUUGAUUUCCUGCCCUUUUUCUGCCAGUCGUGCACAAAGACGUUUUGCUUGGACCACCGCUCAGAAUCUGCGCACAAGUGCUCGAAUCCCGGGGCGUGGGCGCAGCGGAAACGACAGGCUCAGCUGUCAAAGCCGUCCAUAGGCCAGGGGCGGACGCUGCGAGAUAAGAUCUCGGAGAAGCCAUGCGCUGCGGACUGCGACACGAUUGUCGGCACGUCGUUGACGCCAGGCGUGCACUGCGAUACAUGUAACCGGGACUACUGCUUGAAACACCGCUUCAAGGAUGACCACAACUGCAAGAACUUGACGCCGCUUGGGGCGCGGCCCAUGCAAAUCGACGUUGCUCAGAGGACCAAAUCUGCUCUGGAUCGACUUCGCGCAUGGGGAACGGCCAAGAAGGAACAGGCUGGCAGGGCGCUGCCCAAGCCCAAGCCCAGCUCAGCAGCAGCCCGCCUGGUGGCCGUCAACAGCCUGAAGAAAUCCGCAAAGGGCGACGACAAACUGGCGCCGGAGAAGCGCGUCUACGUCUAUGUGGAGGCUGAGGCCGAGACGGCAAAGGCCAAGUUCCCCAAGGGCGAAUUCUUCUAUUCCAAGGACUGGGUCAUUGGCAGGGUGCUGGACGCAGCGGCACGGAGUCUCCAAGUACAGAAUAUCAACAACCAGAGCUCGGAUGAGCGAGACAAGUUACGCGUCUUCCAUGUCGAGGGCGGCAGGCUUUUGGAGUUUGGCGAGAAGGUUGGGACGGCGUUACAGAGCGGGAAUACCUUGGUGCUAUUGAGAGGCGUUGGUGCGCCUCCGGAUUUGAUUGAGGCGUGA